CAUCAAUCAAAUUUCUCCUUUAAUUCAACUCACCGGAAAACAGCUGCCUUUUUUUAUCACCGGAACACAUUUCUUCUCCUUUUCUCUCUUCUCAUAACAAACUUUGACUUCAAUCAAAUUUCAAUGAACAAGAACUUGCUUUGAAAAAGAAACAGAAAUUUCCUUUUUUGGGUUUUGGUUUGGGGUUUUAGAAGAAAAGCAGAAUGGGAUGUGCGGGAUCGACGCCGGCCAAAGGAGACGGGAAUGUGAAAAAGAUCCGGAAGCCAAAACCUUGGAAACAUCCUCAGCCGAUAACGAAGUCUCAACUUGUGCAGAUGCGUGAAGAGUUUUGGGACACCGCACCUCAUUAUGGUGGAAGGAAAGAGAUCUGGGAUGCACUUCGAGCUGCUGCCGAAGCUGAUUUAACUCUUGCUCAAGCUAUUGUGGACAGUGCAGGGGUCAUAGUGCAAUCUGCUGAUUUAACUGUUUGCUACGAUGAAAGAGGUGCCAAGUAUGAACUACAGAAGUAUGUCUUGAGUGAGCCAACCAACUUGAUCCGAGAGAGUUGAAAAUAGAGAGAGCACAAAAUGCAAUGAAUGCAAAGGUUGAACGUAAAUCAUGUACAUUCAUCUUCUUUGAAACCCUUUAUAAACUUUAGGGCCGCUCGUUUAAGUUCUGUUUUAACUCGUGUUUACUUUCGAUGUCCACUAGGUUGCUGUAAGUUUCUCUGAUGAAAAUGAUAACAUCGGUUUGAAUCAAGAAAGAUGUCAGAGUUUUCCUCUGGGCAUUGAUAGGCAAAAGGUUGUUU